GGAGGCUAGCUAUUUCCUAGCACCUUCUUCCCCUUUAAGUAGUCCCGGCUUCUGUGCAGUUCACAGCCGAAUAAUGAGCUUUGAUACUGAGGAGGCAGGACAGCCACAAACCAUGGGAGGAGAAGGGAAGAUACACAAUCAAUGAGAGACAAUCAGGACAGUUCUGGCUGCAAGCAAAGGACACUCACUGCUUAUCCCCAUUAGGAUUUACAAAGCUGGGGAGAGCAGCCUUCUCUGUAAUACGAUUCUGCUGGAUCACAGACUGGCUUUAUAAUACUGUAGGAGCACAGGGCAUCAUCACUCGAUCUGGAGACUUGGGAGUCCUGGAUCAGGACAGUCAAUUCGAGGUUUGCCCUGGUAUGCUAUCAAAAUGAACACUUCACACUUUAUUCUGUAGGCACAUUGGAAUUUUGACCGUAGUGGUCAUGUCGUCAAUUGGCGAUGAAGAGUUGGACAUUGGUAACUGGCUCUCCGCUAUCCAUUUGGAGAGGUACCAAGAAAACUUUAAGAAGCAUGGCUAUCACAUAGUUAAAGAUAUUCUAUCACUUGAUAAUGAGGUACUUCAACAAAUUGGUGUUAGUGCAACAGGCCACAGAAAGCGAAUCAUAAGUCGAUUACGACAUGUUUCAGGAGAAGCAUGGUCACAGUCUAGUUCAUUCAGUGUGGAGAGGGAAGACUCGUUGGAAGUUACCAGUAAAGAUGAUGACAAUGGCAUGGUUAAUAAAGUCAUAUUAACAGUGACUAAUGAAGACAGGAUCAGUUUACAAAACCCUAGCGAAAGCAAACCCAUUUCAGAACCAAAUCUAAAGCCUGUGCCAAAACCCAGAACAGUAUUUAAUAAAAAUUCUACAGCAGUAAUUAAAGACUAUUUUGUUGUACCAUCAACAAUAUCACCAGUCACUUCACCAACUUGUUUCGAAAACCAUACAAGUAGCGCAGGAAUCUUUUUUAUACAGGAAGGUUUUCAUUCAAUAGGAAGCAGACUGGAUUCAGGGAAUUGUAAUUAUUUUGCUGGCGUACAGUCAGAAGGGGCGGGAUUGGAGACUGGGACAUCUUUGUAUUCAUCCGCUGGGGCUGGGAAACCUUUUCAUCCCCUUCCACAUCGUUCAAUGCGUCAGAGUAAGGAUACAUCUCAACCAGGCUCAACAGACCACAGAAGCAUGCUGCAAAUGGAAGCGGAUACAAUGCAGUGUUCACCACUAUCAAACUUGUCUUCCUUUGCUGGAAAUGAAGAGGAAGUUACCUCCUUUUUAACUAGCCCUACUCUUCCACAGGAAACUCUAACAAUGAUAUCCAAUGAAAUUUAUUCUGGUUUUAGUCCUGAGAAUGGAGCUCUCAACAGAUCUACAGAUAUAGAAACAUACAGAAGCAAUAUGAAUCUGAAAACUGACACAGUAAUACAAGAGGCAUCCUCAACAGCAGACAGCAUAAACAGCCUAUCCCCUUCAGAUGUGGAUUUGCCUAUUAUUCCUGAAAGACCCACCUCCACUCUUGUGACUAAUGAUCCAAUCAAUCCGUACUGUGAUGCAGUUUUCAACCGGCAACCUCAAGCACAGCAAUCAAAGGAUACCAAAAAUGCUAAAUUACGGACUUGUGCCACUAUGCCCAUGUUUACACCUGGAGAGGAAAGAGUUCAGCUCAGAUCUUUCAGUGAUCCAGCCAAGGAGAGAAAGAAUGAUGAUGAGGAGGGAAAAACACAGCGAAUCACGCAGAUUGUGCAUAACGAACAGGAAGGUUAUUCUACUGUAGAUGCACCACUGGCUAGCAAAAGGUUUAGCCUACCCUCUCACAUGUACAAAGAUGAGUUACUGGAAGACUUGACUAUAUCUCCCUAUGCCAGCUUUACCUCCCUUUCAGAUAGAACACGGCCAGUGAUGAGUGGAUGGCUGGACAAACUCUCACCACAAGGGAAUUAUGUUUUCCAGAAAAGAUUUGUUAAAUUCGAUGGACAAAAUCUAAUGUAUUUCGGUAACGAAAAGGAGCUGUAUCCUAAAGGGGUUAUACCCCUCACGUCAAUCGAAAUGGCUCGUUUAAGCAAAGAGAACAAGUUUGAAGUAGUUACAAAACACAGGAUUUUUGUCUUCAGAGCUGAUUGUGAAGCUCAACGCAAUGAGUGGUGCUCUACUAUUCAGAACAGGGUAAAAGAACAGUGCAUGCUGUUCCCACGAACACGACAAGGCACAUUUUCAUGUAAGAGAUCUGGCUACUUGGAGCUCAAAGGUCAUAAGUCUAAAAUAUUUGCCGUCCUUACCACUGAUGAGCUGUGGAUUCAUAAAAAUGAGCAGUUUUUCAAAAUGGGCAUUGGGAUAUUUGUAAUUGACAUGCAUGGUUCAACAAUCCGUUGUGCACGAAACAAGAACUUUGAGUUGAUUACCCCACAAAAAAUCUUCAGUUUUACUGCAGAAUCAGAGCGAGAAAAAAAGGAGUGGAUGGAGGCUUUGCUGGAAUGUAUCUCUGAAUCACUUUCUGACUACGAAGUGGCUGAGAAGAUCUGGUCGAAUAAGGCCAAUAAGAUGUGUGCUGACUGCAAAGCAUUUAAUCCUGACUGGGCCUCAAUCAACCUGUGUGUGGUAAUAUGCAAGCAGUGUGCAGGUCAGCACAGAAGUCUCGGAACCAGUAUUUCCAAAGUGCAGAGCCUCAAAUUAGACACAAGUAUCUGGAGCAAUGAAAUUGUGCAGCUAUUCAUCAUCUUGGGGAAUGACAGAGCUAACCGUUUCUGGGCUGCAAGACUUUUGCCGUCUGAGGUACUCAAUCACGAUGAUACAAUGGAAAAAAGACGAGAUUUCAUCACACAAAAAUACCGGGAAGGCAGGUUCAGAGCCCCACAUCCACAUUAUACCUCCCAAGAGGAGAUACUUAAGGUGCUCUGCACUGCCGUUGCAGGACCAAACUUGCUAAAGUCUGUGAUGCAAUUUUUCUCUGAUGGGGAAUCUUUGGCAGAUCCAACUGGCUUGGACAGCACCUCUCAAUCAAUGCAGGCUGCUGAGAACUGGAGAGCAAGCAACAGCAGCAUAAACAUGGAUGGACUAGCACUAGAUGACCUCAACAAUGUCAGAGUCUAUGACGAGAUCAUGCAGCCUGUGGUGCAUUCUGGGCAUCUCAACAAGACGACUUUAUUGAGCAAAACAGUUACUGGCAAGAAGACAAAGGAUGAAUUCCAAAAAUAUUGGUGUGUCUUGGAACGAUCUCUUAUUUUCUAUGAGAAUGACAAAAAGACAGAGGUUGGGAAGAUCGAACCAUCAGAAGUUGUCUCUAUGGGCAUAAGCAAGAAUGAAGCAUUGAACAGUCCAUCUUUGGUUGAACGGUAUCGGUACAUAUUUGAGAUCAUCCUAUCUUCAGAAAAAAUGCAUCAAUUUGGAACAGAUGCAGCUGAAACCCUUCAAACCUGGACAUGUGCAAUUGGAAAGUGGUUCACACCACUGAGUUGCCACUGCCUGUUAGGACAUGAGUUCCAGCGUGUUGGGAAGAUGCGAUACAAGGCAAUGCUGAACCCAGAUCAAUGGAUGGAAGGAUUUUUUUUAUUGCGAAAAUGCCAUCUUUUCAUUUGUCCUGAAGAUCAGGGUGCAGCAGAGGACAGUGUCAAUCUACGUCAGCUUCAAGAGCUCACUGUAUCACCAGUAUCGGAGAACUCAGAGAAGAAAGAUAUUCUUAUACUUGUCGAAAAAGGACGGACAUUGUAUUUGCAAGGAAUCACACGGACUGAUUUUGUGGCAUGGAGCAAUGAUAUCCAAGUGGCAGCAUGCAGCAGUGGAAACAUCUUACGAGAGCAGCAGUUAAGCCGGAAUGACAUUCCCAUCAUCGUAGACAGUUGCAUUGCCUUUCUUACACAAUAUGGUCUUUGCCAUGAAGGAAUUUACCGCAAAAAUGGAGCCAAGUCAAGGAUUAAACUGCUCAUGGAUGAGUUUCGCAAGGAUGCUCGAAACGUCAAGCUUCGUAUUAAUGACAACUUUAUUGAGGAUGUCACUGAUGUGCUGAAAAGAUUUUUUAGAGAGUUGGAUGAUCCAAUUUUCACAACAGAAUUGCACCCUAAAUGGCAAGAAGCAGCAGAACACUCAGAAAAAUCCAAGAGGUUGGAGAAGUACAUGGAAUUAAUUAACCAGCUUCCAAAGGUCAACAGAGCUACACUGACUGCACUAAUUGGUCAUCUUUACCGUGUUCAGAAAUGUGCAGAUUUAAACCAGAUGUGUACCAAGAAUCUUGCACUAUUAUUUGCUCCUAGCCUAUUUCAGACAGAUGGGAAGGGGGAGCACGAGGUGAAGGUGAUGGAGGACCUAAUUGACAACUAUGCUUGUGUAUUCGGUAUUGACGAGGAGCAUGUGACACAGAUGGAUUUAGAAAACAGUUUGAUUACCACCUGGAAAGAUGUUCAGUUGUCACAAGCUGGUGACCUUAUUAUUGAAGUUUACUUGGAAAAGAAACUGCCAGACUGCUGUGUCACCCUAAAGGUGUCUCCAGUAAUGACAGCAGAGGAGUUAACCAAUCAGGUCCUAGAUAUGCGGAAUGUUUCAGGAAGCACAGACAUCUGGCUGACCUUUGAAGUGUUUGAAAAUGGUGAACUAGAAAGACCUUUACAUCCAAAGGAAAAGGUUCUAGAACAGGCUCUGCAGUGGUGCAAGUUAGCAGAGCCUAGUUCUGCUUUCUUACUUGUGAAGAAGAUUCCCAUUGGUGAAGGAAGCUGUCUUUUUACAGGUGCAAAAAGAGAAACUCCUAAAUGUGGAUUGUUAAAGUGCAGGGAAGUGUCCCCAAAGCUGCUGGGAUGCAAGUUUCAAGACAGAUACUUUGUCAUCAGGGAUCGAAAGCUACUUGUGCUUAAAGAGAAAAAGAGUGCCAAGCCAGACCGUGAGUGGCCACUUGAAAAUGCUAAGGCUUACAUGGGAAUUCGAAAAAAGUUGAAACCUCCAUCUCAGUGGGGUUUCACUCUAUACCUGGAUAAACAUCAACUGUGCUUGUGCUGCAUAGGGCAGCCUGAAAUGUGGGACUGGAUCACAAGCAUUUUGAAGGCACAGCAUGAUGAUCUCCGCCCUGUGAUUCUAAGAAGACAUUCUUCUUCAGAUGUCACCAAGCAGAAAUUUGGCACUAUGCCACUUGUUCCAAUACGAGGGGAUGACACAAACACCACCAUGGUCUCUGCUAACCAGACAUUGCGUCGUCUACAUACACGAAGGACACUGUCUAUGUUUUUUCCUAUGAAGAUGCAUCAUGACUCUCUGGAGGAGCUUCAGGAAAAACAACUAGAUGAGGAACACGAACCAGUGUAUGAAGAAGUGGGAGCUUUCCAGAGCAAGCCACCACCAGAGGCUGAGUGCAACUUGCCAACAGAAAGGCAGUAUUUGCCUCCACCUUUGGACCGAUCAAAGAAGCCUCCACUCAACAUUGAGCAGAAAAAACAUACUGCACAAAAUGCACCAGUCCUAACACCCUGUCCUCUUGAAAAAAUAGAAACAGACGACUACAAUAAAACUCGUUCUUUGGAUAGAAGUAUUUGUGCGGAUAGUCUUAAACACGUGAGCAAUGAAAGCACAAAAGUAUCUAUAUCUGAUAGGGGAGCUGGUGGUACCUUUGGAAAAACAGCUUCUCUUGAAAGACAAAUGGAAUCAGGUAGAAUUCAAGUAGUUUCUGCAAGAAGCCAAGGAGCAAAAAGUGCCUUAGAUCUGAGUUCUUUACCUCCACUAUUUUUUGAACCACCUUCCACUUCAGAUUCACUUAAGACUCCUGUGUGGAAGAAGACUUCUCCAGUUUCGUCUAAUAUACAGGACAAGCUGCUCCAGGAACUCAGCACCCUUAUUUCUAAGAAAAAUGAAACAGGAUCAGAGCAGCAAGUCACGUGACAAGUUAUAUGAUCUGUUCUUUCUUAGACUAAUCUUAAUUUUGGUCCUUUAUAUUUGCACCUGAACUAAUGCAAACUGAAUUGCAGAAUAUUAAACAAUCUGAAUUCUAAACCAAGGUUCAGAAUUCUAAACUUGAGUUAGCUUUGGCCACAGUCCUGUGCUAUGUUCAGUUUGUGGUUGAAAAUAAUGAUGUUUCAAGUGUAUAUUCACAUCUGAGUUUGUGAAAACUGUCUAUCGGCACAACAUUACACACUAGUGUAAGAAUCUUAUGGUAGAUUCACAAUGUAUUUGGGUAAAGAUUAUUUAAUUAUAUGAAGUCCCUAAAUUAUAUUUUUAAGUAGCAGUUGUGGGUGCUAUAAAUGUAUUGUAAAAUAAAUGCCAAAGCCCCAUCCUGCUAGGUUUGUGUGCUACAGUGCUCAAUGUAGUGGUUUAUACUUUCAAACAGAAGUAACACAUUUUGAUCAGCUUUCAACAUUUUCAUCUUGGUAACAAUACUUUAAAUACAUCAUCAAAAAUGUCAUGAGCGUACUUCAGGUAGCACACUUUAUGUAUGGAGUUAGCCACUAAAUUUUGACAAAUAACUUUCAGUACGUUUGAAAAAAACAAUAUCGGCAAAGAUGGAGAUUCUUCCACAAUUUUGGUUUUAAGAGUCACAUUUACCCAUCACUUUACAGAUUGAUUAUCUAGUCAUACAAAUCAAUUAAGGUUACAUAUAUAAAGAGAAUAUGUGGAGUCAGGAGUCAUUACGGAAACCAAUGGAAUGAUCAUGGUAUUGCUGCAUUUAUAGAACUUUACUCCAGAAUUGUUCUUUGUACAUAUCAUCCAAUGAUUAGUGUAUAGUCUAUGCACUGUUAGUCAUGUUGCUGACAAAUAUACAGAUAGCAGGUAGUAGAUUUUAAUGUUUUUCUUUUCUUCUACGUAACAACCUAAAUGGAAUUGAUAUAUGGCAAAUUUGAAUCCAUGAUGCAUUUUCUGUAUGGAUCAAGAAUUUUGUGUGCACACAUUGAUUCCAGGAUCACUCACCUGCAGCAAAGUACGUAUCAAGGAAACAAACGUGAACAUUUCUGUAUCACAAUUUCAAAAAUGCUCUUAUAAGAACUCCUCCGUUUUUUACAGUAUUUGCUUACAAAAGUGUUUUUUGUUAUUGUCAUUAAUGGUUAUUUUGUUUGUGGUUUUGUUUAA